CAUUUAUCCAGUUGAGCAGUUGAGCAGCUGACCAGGUGCAAUUGUCCAUUCAGACGUCGUUGAACUUGUCAGGACAACGGUUCAUCCAGCGCUAGGACUUUGGAAUUUUUCAAAUCGCUCCGUUUUUCCAGUGUCAAGUGACCGCAUAUAGCCCAUGAAUCCCGACGGGGGUGAUGGGCAGAGUCGUGGCCUCUAGUUACUCACUAACCUAAGCUAAAGAAGAAAAGUCGUUAAAACCGGAUAAGAGAUACAUAAAUAUGCCUCCAAAGCGACGAAGAAGAUUCCAGGGACUAUACUACCAUUCAUCGCCACCCAAAGUCAUGCCGAUGAAUGGACAGGCGGGUGGACAGAAUGGACGCAAGCGUCGCGAUAAUGAAGAUUUCUCGGUGAAGUUAUCCACCAUACGAAUCUGGAUUCACGAGAAGGACAUCGGCAAGCUGACGCGCAUUUUGUGGGCGGGCCAGGGAAACCGUCUCAGUCAGCAAGCUAGUAACAAUGGGCGUGUGAAGCGCUUCCUGGCCGCCGUUCCCCAUGUCAUGAAUGCCAUCAAGGAUCUGCACCAGGCGGUCAUUGACAACAAUCUGGAAACAGUGCAAGCACAGCUGGAGCCUCCGGUUCCAAGUGCCUUGGUUACCUGCAAGGACGGCAAUGGCCUCAAUAUUAUUCACAAGGCCGCAGGACUGGGUCACACCAAGAUUCUAGAGUAUCUGGUGGGCAUUUGGCCCGAGGGCGCCCAUGAAACAGACAUCACCGGGAAGACGCCGCUUCACUGGGCCGCCAGUGCCAAGAACAACAUGAGAUGCUACACUCUGCUCACCCAAGCGGGCUGUGAUGAGGAGGCCGUCGAUUAUAAAAUGAAGACUCCCUCAUACUAUCGCCACAAGCCGCACGAAAUCGAGCGCGCCUUCCUGGUUUAUGUGCCGGAUGCGCCCCGUGUCUCCCCCGACAGUGCCACCGAUUGGGAGGCCUUAAGCGAUGAAGGUGGAGUGGAUAACGGUGCGGGAGGGGAUGCCGGCUCCAAGAAACUGGACAUCAAGGUGCCGCCGUCCGUGAACGGUCGCAAGUCGCUGGAUGACAGCCUUGAGAACACCUCAGAGCUGGACACCAAUGAUGGUACGAGUGCCAAUGAGGACGACGAUCUGUCCAAGGUUGAUGCCGAACCGGAAGCGGAUGCCACUCCGCCAUUGCAGCGCCGACCGGAAACGCCGGCCACCUUCAACACGAUCAAUGGCGAUGGCGAGGACAGCGAGCCUGAGAAUAUUGCAAGAGCUGUAAGCGCGGAUGGAGGCGGAGAGGCAGAGGAAAACGGAGUUGGGCAGGACGAGGAAGGAGACGGAGACGGAGAUGAAGAAGAUGCGGCGAUCGUUGAGAAUGGCGGAGGUCAUGAGGAGGCUCCGGAAGAGGAGCAGCCAGCUGAACCCGAGGAAGUUGAGGUAGCGGAGCUGCCUGAGGAGUCUGCUACUGAGAGUGAGCUUGAAGGAAACAAAAAGACUGAUGAUGAGGAGCCAGAUAAGGAGAAGGAGGCUGCUGAGAAUGGUGCGAAUGAGCCUGAAAUGAGCCCUGUUGAGAAUGGAGCGGAACCGGAAGUGGCCGCCAUGUCCGUUGAAGAGAAGGAAGUGGAGUCCGAGAACGAUAACGACGACGACGAUGAGGAUGUAAUAGCUUCAGAGAGGAACGGAGAGAAUCAGCAGGAGGAUCGGCAGCCAGGAGGUGGAACAGAAGCUCAAGUGGAGGAUGGCAAUGAGUCUCUCACAUCAGCAAUGGCCAUUGAGGGCUUUGUGGAAGGUGCACCCGAGGAUUAUACAGAUGAACGCAUUAGGCGGAUUGUGGAGUCCGGUGACUUGGAGCAGUUGGCCGAGAUUGUGCUGAAUGGCGAGGGUGGUAGUUUGGUUGGCUUGAAGUCCCAGGAGCCGGAAAUCCAGGCCUUUCUCAACAACGUACCCAGUUACAUGGAGAAAAUACAUCGCGUGCACGAUGCGGCACGUGACGGAGGUUUGCUGGCACUGCAGCAGGCUCUGGAUCGCCGGAAGUUUGCCAUUGCAAAGAACGACAUAUCGCCCAACGGCUCCACGCCUUUGCACGUGGCCGUCCUCUUCGGCCACACAGAUAUCGUUCGCUACUUGGCAUCGCGUUUUCCGGAGACCAUGACAAUUACGGAUAAUGACGGACGCACGCCGCUUCAUUACGCAGCCACAAUUAAGGACAAUGGUCACUUCUACAACAUGCUCUUGCAGUUGGGCGCCAAUCCCAAAUCGCUGGACAAGCUGGGCCACUCGGCCGAGUUUUACCUGGACAAGGACAAGGCGAAAAACAUUCUCAACUACACCGAGCUGCUCAAUAUAUUUGGGGCGGAGGAACUGGAGAACCAGUUGCUCAACGACCAGGGUCAGGCGCAGCCAGUGAGCUUUCAGGCCAAUCCCAUCUUCAAGACGGAGCAGGGCAAAUAUCUAGCUGAUUCUCUUGCCGAUCCAUUGAUUAAGGCCCUCACUGAGAUAGCCAACAAGAGACCCCGAGAUCCCGUGGCCUAUCUGACCAACUACCUCCAGCACUUCAUGGGUGAUCGCAAGCCAAUGACCGAAGUCCAGGUCCACUCUGGAAGCAGCAAGGCCAGCACCAGUUCCACCUCCACCCUGGCAAUGGCCAAAUCGAAUGCCAGCUCUAGCCAGCGUCUGACCAACACUCGGAAUGGUCCUGGUCCAACCAAUGCAGAUCUCAUAGAACUUGAUGCUCGAUCCUUGGCCGAGGAAGACGAUGCAGAAGGAGUCCUGGCGGUGCAGCAUAUGGAAGAGCGGGAUGAGCAUGGUCAGAGUAUGCUGCACUUCGCCUGUGCCCGUUCCCAUCGGAGAGGAGCUCUUUAUACGCUUAUUGAGGAGUCGGUUAUUGACAUCACCUACCGGGAUGAGUUGUACCGAACUGCUAGGGAUGUCUCGCUCCAAGCAAAUCAGCCCAACAAUGCUGCCGAAAUCGAUCGUUAUGUCCUGGCUCAGGCAGUCAUCGGUGACGUGGAACCUUUCGAACAACUUGCUCUCCAAGGCUAUGAUCAUAUAUUAGACAUCGAGGACGAAAGUGGUCAAUCCAUUGUAGAUGUGGUACAGUCCCGACAAAACGAGGCUCUUGCCGAGUUCCUGACCAAUCUUCGGGGAUUGGAGGAGACUCGUGAAGAGCUCCAUCAGAUGAUCAGGGAAAACAACAUGGAGCGAGUGGUGGAGCUGACCAAUGUUGCCAAUGCCAAGUGGUUGGUUAAGACCAAGAACUAUUAUGGUCGAACCGCCUUGCACAUAGCUGUGCUAAAAGAGUCCGAGGAAAUGGUUCAGCACAUGGUGAAGAUCUGUCCUGAGGCUCUGAAAAUUCCGGAUAACUUGGAACGCACUGUAUUGCACUAUGCCAUGGGAACUAAUGCGCUGGAGAGCGUUAGUCGGAUUUUGAUUCAGAACGGGGCCAAGCGGACGGCUAAGGACCUCAAAGGACGGCAGCCAAGCUAUUACUUUAUCAACAAAGCGGAUAUAUUACGUCUGCAGGAAGAGGAGGAGGAGAGCCGCUGAGUGAUCGAGUCAAGCAAUAUGUAUAGUCUAAACUACUCUAAGCCGUUAUAUAGUCCAAUAAAGUACAAGUAAAUAGUA